UAAAAUUUGAUACAAUUCUAUUCUACACGUUUUUGUACGCGGAUCACACUUCGCAUAAAUUUAUAUAUUUUUUGUAUUCACUUAACUCUAGACGUUGUCGUUUCAAUUAAAUACUUUUGCACACAUAUCUAUCAAUUUCACCAAAUUAAUUGUUCGCCAGUUCUCGUUCACCAAAGUGGCGAAAGAAGUCGCAAGUGUGUGUGCAGACGUAUGAAUUCGGAGACAGGCAGACAGAUUACAAUCAAGGCACGCUUUGUUACGCAUUCCUUUGCACUGCUUUUAUUAUUGACUUUCGGUUGUGGUGUGUGUUUAUGUGUUUGUGGGCCGGGAGAUAAGCAAGUUCACGUUUUGCUGGUUUCAUUUGGAGUUUAAAAUCUUUGAUGUUAAGCAGUCAUCCAUGGUGCAACGCCUAACGUAAAACGCAAUCCGAAAAGAAAGACACUGAAAGAUCCACACAGACGACCUACCAUUAUCCAUCCAGUGAAUAUAUUCAACAAGACAGAAUGUUACGCAAUACGGCUUUCUCCGGCACGCCCACAUACAAAUUACUAUUAGGCUUUGGUCUAUGUUCGCUGGGCAGCGCCAUGCUCUAUGCUUACUUUAAGUCCCGCAAUGACGACAAGGAUGAAACGAAUAAUAAGAGGACAAAUGACCAGAAAUCAAUGCAGCAACCGAAACAACAGCAAAAGGAAAUCUGCCUCAAAAUCGUUGUGGACAAUGACCAUGUACCUUUGAUAAUUGGACGCGGCGGUGCCAACAUUAAACUAAUUGAAGAGAAGACCGGGGCAAAGAUAAGAUUACGCGAUAAGGAUAAUUCCCACAAAUUCUGCGACAUUAGCGGCUUGCCCGAUGCAGUUAAGGCCGCCCGCGUUCUGCUCAUCAAGGAGAUUGAACGUGCGCCUAUUGUCAAGAUGGAGCUGCAGGUACCACAGCGCUUGGCUAAUAAGAUCAAUGGACGCGGUGGCGAGAUAAUACAGGAUAUUAGUCGAGCAUCAUUGGCCAAGCUCAGCAUCGAUCCAAAUGGUCGCAAUGGCAAGGCAAAAAUCAGCAUUGUGGGCAACCAGAAGCAGGUGAACGUUGCUCGCAAGCUGCUAGACGAUCAGAUUGAAGAGGACGAGCAGCUACGGCUGGCUGUCGACGAGGUGGAACAGCAUCGCGAACCCCGACGUUCGCCCAGUUACAGUCUUGCCUCCAGUAUGUACUCAUCGCAGACAUCGCUCAGCUCACAGCCGCCUAGAGACAAGCUAAUGGCCGCUCGUGGAGAUGACAAGCCGAUGGAAGUCUACGUCUCAGCAGUUGCAUCGCCUACAAAGUUCUGGGUGCAGCUAGUGGGACCGCAGUCCAAGAAACUGGAUGACAUGGUCAAGGAAAUGACCUCCUACUACAGCAUUGCUGAGAACCGAGCAAAUCACCAACUAACGACACCAUAUAUUGGUCAGAUCGUGGCCGCCGUCUUCAAGUUCGAUGAGAAAUGGUAUCGCGCCGAGAUUGUUGACAUUAUGCCCAACCAGUACAAUCCAAAUGAACAGGUUAUCGAUUUGUACUUUGUGGACUAUGGCGACAGUGAAUAUAUUUCGCCAGCAGACAUUUGUGAACUACGCACCGAUUUCCUAACACUAAGAUUUCAAGCUGUUGAAUGCUUCUUGGCAAACGUCAAAUCAACUAUAACUGAUGAACCGAACACGUGGCAAAAGGCCUCUAUAUCCAAAUUCGAGGAAUUCACAGAGGUUGCACAUUGGCGAAAGCUGAUCGCACGUGUUGUUACUUACAAGGACCGUCCAAAAGUGACGAGCGCAGUCAAUGCGGCCACACGCGAUGGCACUCCUCUGCCCGGCGUGGAGCUGUUUGAUCCCACCGAGGGCGCCGAGGUGAACAUUGGCGAUAUGUUAAUAACGCAGGGCUUUGCUCUGCCACUGGAUGAUGCGUAUCCGGUGAGAUCGCGUUCCACCUCGCCAUCGACACAAAGUGAUUCCACAAUUGAGGAGCUGUGUGCCACUAAUACGCCCCGUACGCCGCUUACACCACUAUCGCCUAUGUCACUAUCAAUUUCAAAUGAUGCGGAAAGUGUGGAGGAUGCACACUUUACCAAUCAGUUGCACCACUUGGGGCACAAACUUAACGGCAAUGACUUAACCCAUAUCAAUCCAAUUCAACUAACCACAGACGACAUACAAAAUAGUAAUGGACAAGCCAUCAAUAGCUCACAUAGUGAUGUGACCCGCUAAUGCAGAUUGGCGCCUUUUAAUUCUCAAAGUUAGUCUAAGCUAAGUUCUCGCCUUAUGAUAAUUGUGUGUAGUCAUUGUAAAAAGGCAGCUCACUAUUUGAUAUGUAUAUACUA